AUGGUUCGAGGAGGAAAUGCUGUUGUGGUAAGUAAAGGGUUUCAAGAUUUGCAGUUGCAUAGAAGGGGUCAUAAUUUGCCAUGGAAGCUAAGGCAGAGAUCAGAGCAAGAGGUGAAGAAGAGAGUAUAUGUUUGCCCUGAAACCACUUGUGUUCACCACGAUCCUUCACGGGCAUUGGGUGAUUUGACCGGAAUUAAGAAACAUUUCUGCCGUAAACAUGGUGAGAAGAAGUGGAAAUGUGAUAAGUGUUCUAAGAAAUAUGCAGUUCAGUCUGAUUUAAAGGCUCAUUCUAAGAUUUGUGGUACUAGAGAGUAUAAAUGUGAUUGUGGCACUUUAUUUUCAAGGUGA